UGUUGGGGGUGUUCUCCUGGCUGGCAAAGCCUUGGUAGCCCCAGCCCAGAAUCCACCCAGUUUGGUGGGAACCAUGAAGAAGGUGCUAGGAGCAGAGAGUGAGGAGCAGCUGGCAGCCUAUCUGAGCCAGCUGCGCACCUGGCAGGAAAGCAGCGAGGAGCCAUCGUGUUCCCAUGAUGAUCCCUAUGCUGACUCAUCCAUGGUUUUUGGCACAUGGCCGUACCUUCCCAUGGAUCAGAGGGAACCCAGAAGAUUGAUGAUGAAGAGGAAGGUGCUGAGGCACAGACCUGAUGGAAUGGUGGAGGUCUCUGAUGAGUCAACAAAAGCCAAGCCAUGGAGCCUGGGGCAUUCCAGGACUUUUAUGGAUGACUCCAUCUCCAAAAUAAAGACCAGCAGUGACACCUUGAAGAACUACCUGCACUAUGAUGAUGAUGACUGGCUCUGUAAGGACAGCCCCUCCUCUCUCCUCGGGGAUUUUGGGAGCAACACUGUAUCCGAUCGCUCCUUGCUGAGGCGACCAGCCAUGAACUACAUCGCUCCAAAGGCUCAUAAAGUGAAGAGAACAGACCCAGUGGCUAAAUUAAACAAAUACAAACAAGACUGGAAGAGAUUCAGCUUUCCUGGGCAGGAUCCACACGAGAGCUUGCGCAGGGCUGUGCACAGGCAGAUCCUGCAGACGGGGCUGCCACGCCGGGCGCAGAAGCGCGUCAGCAUCCCCAACACGUACGAGGUGCCCACGAUGAAGAAGCGCGACUCUCUGCGCUUCAGCGUGCGCUGGGACCUGGCCCACCGCCUCAUGCCCCGCCGGAGCACCACCUACUAGAGCCCCAGCCCCGCUGCUUUCUCUUCCUCAGCAUCCUCCAUAGUCUGGAAAAUCCCCCUGGUGCGCUUCAAGCGCAGGUUAAGUUUUGGUGUGGAGGAGGUUUUCUUUGCAAGGUCUCAGCAAUAUCUUUUUUCCUCAA